GCCCCUUUGGUCAUCCAACCCUAUGGGCACUCUCAGCUGCCUGGGGCCACUAGAACACCUGCCCUCUGCAUGACUCACCAGGAGAUCUUUGAAGAGUGAGAUGAUCUUGAUAGCAUGUUUAUCAUCAUCAAACAUGGAGAUAACCAAGAGUUUCUGGUCAACAGCAACUGCUCCAUUCUCCUGUUGCUACAUUACAUUAGAAAGAAAAUGGGGUUGCGUAAAACAGACACCAUCGAUUUGUGUGAUGAAACUGGGACCAUGAAGUUAUUUUUCUUGACAAAGACACCUGGGGACUACGCCAGCAAAUUCCUUACAGCACGAAAUACCUACUACGUUUGUAAAGUAGAGCGUGGAGCAGCAGGCACCAGGAUCGAGAAUUCCUACAAAGCUGUUGUGCCCCUCUUGAAGAAUCCAGAACCUGAACUAGUUGAGUCCUUGCGCACACAAUGUGACUUCCUGGAGAGAAGCCGAAUAAAGAUGCUUAGAACUCUAGAGGCUAAGAGAUUGGCAGCCAUGGAAUCCUCCGUAAAUCUUCCAGCAAGAUCCUCCAAGGGUGGUGGAACCCAGCAGGGCGCUAGUCAAAGCAGUCAACAGAAGUCUAAAGCUGGACGAUCAGAUGAAGAUGGGCCGGCUCCCACCCGCAGACCAUACUAUAAGACUCGAGCAGACUUUCUCAAGAGACAUCGUUAACUCAAUAAAUGACCAGCUGAGAGCAGCAACUACCAGGGGAGAGCAUGAAAUUAGUGGAAUUUUAUGUGAGGCCUUCUUUUUCUAGAAAGACUCCUUCUCCCCAUAUCUGCACAAAGGCUUCAGUAGGCUGCAGGCACCAGGGACGCUGAGGGUGGACCUGAGCGACAACAGAGGGCUGGAGUGAACACUUGCGGGGUGUGGGGGGGUGAGGAAUGACUGUGAAGUCUGGUUACUAGACUUUUAAUACAAUGAGCCUUUGAGGGCCAGAGAAGGGGGUGGGGUCUUCUCAAACCAGACUACCUCCCCUCGGGGGAGGCCUAUCUUGCGGCGGCCCACUCGGGCUGGGGUUAGGUGUCCCUCCCCCACCACACUCCAUUACCUCCCAGGCUGAAAUUCCCCCACCUCCCAGCCUGUGGGCAGUCCCUCCCCACCCGCCCUUCAACUAACUGCCCUUUGCUUUUCCGCCUCCCUCCCCUAUAUUGGAGGGGGGGCAGCAAGGCUGCAGAAACCAGAAACCAGAUCUGAUUAUAGACAUUUAUUGAACUCAUUUAUUGAUUUGACACACUUCCCCACUCCAACCUAGCACAUGAUACAAUCUGGGUAGGCUAGGCGCUGACACAGGAAAUGAUGGGAACCCACAGCAGGGGUGGGGGAGGGGACAAUGCAAAGGACGCUAGGGGGAGGGGCUGCUUGGGGGCUGGGGUGGAGGAGCCCCAGAUGGCCUCUCUGGCAGGUGCUAGUAAACCUGAUCCACAUUCCCCCCAUCCCUGCUCAUUUCCCAGACCCUCAGCCAAACUCCCCAAGCUCCCCCUUCCCUGUUCCUCUCCACAGCCCUGCCUGCCACCACACAGUCUUCCACAGAACCCUGGCAGUCCAUGACUGGGAAGAAGGGCAGGGACAGCUGUCCCAAGCCUUGAACAGGGAGGUCUCUGUACCUAACUUUACUAACCUAAAUCCUUCCUUCUUUCACGCCCCUCCCAGGCCCUAAGCCAAUUUCAGGCCUCGGAUGCUCUCUGGUAGUCAGAGUGCCCACUCCACAACAGGACCUUCUAGGCACAAGUGGAGAGGAUGCAGGGGCUUGCCUUAGGUUUCUUUCCUUAAACUCUAACCUAAAUAUGCAUGCAACUUUUUCUAGACCUGGUCCAAAAGGGAGGGUUUCCCUCCAGUCGCCUUUGCUCCCCACCUCUCCCCAGCUUCCUGUGUCUCCCUCCUAGAAUUUGUAGUGUUUGUAUCAUGUCACUAUGCCAAAGCCUUCAGAAAGAAAAAAAAAAGCAUUCUCCCCAUUACUAGCACCUCACCACUGUUAAAAAAUCUCUAUAUUUGUGUUUAUAUUUCUUUAAAAGUUUAUAAAAAGCCUGUCUGUUAUCUGUAUCCUUCCAAAAGUGAUUUGGCCUGGUGAGCCACUCCAGUGCUCAAAACUUGGCCCUUCUAGGUUCCCUAACCCCCCACCCCCCACCCCACUGCAUAAAAAUCCAGGCCCAACCUGGCCUGGCCCAGCUCUAGUAAGACUCUCUACCAAA